AUGACAGGGAUGAAAAUCGACGAAGAAUUUGUGCCUGAUAGGCGCAUUGAGGUUGAAACAGAUGAUGAAGAAAACGAAGCGGAAAUACAUUGCGAUGGCGAGGAUAACGACGAUGAUGAAACCGGAUCCGACAGUGAAUUAAUCUACGCUGAAACCAAUUCCGGCUUCAUCACCGCUUCUCAAUCUCAAAACUGUUCCAUUGAUCCGUGGCCUCAAACUUACAGGCAAUCAAUGGACAUGUACACAAUGCCCCUUCAGUCUAUGGGUACUUUAAAAGGCGCAUCAGAGUUGAAUCUAAAUCUACCUAUAAAGAGAUCAUUUGGUCCUACAGAUGAUCAAUCCACCUUGCACAAGCCCCUCAUUACUGAAACAAGCUUGGACAAAGAUCAAGUUCCUAUCUCAACACUCCCUAUAAAGUUCUCUCGAAUAUCAGCCUUAAGAAUCCCUAGCCUCCAUGAUUUACCACCUCCUGUAGAGCAGUGCUCAUUUUCUCAAUCUGUUCUUAAUGCAAUAAAUGUCCUAUGUGGUAUAGGACUCCUAUCAAUGCCUUAUGCAUUUAAAGAAGGAGGAUGGUUGUGUCUUCUACUUCUAUUACUUGGUGGUGGUAUUUCUUGCUAUACAGGAAUAUUGAUAAAACUGUGUUUAGAAAGAUAUGAUGGGCUCCAAUCUUACCCUGAUAUUGGACAAGCUGCAUUUGGUUUUGUUGGCCGCAUAUGUAUAGCUAUGGUUUUGUACAUGGAAUUGUUUUCUUCUUGUGUGGAAUAUUUGAUAAUGAUGAAUGACAAUUUAUCAUCACUUUUUCCACUUGCUCAAUUGGAUAUUGGUGGCAUACAUCUUGAUUCUCAUUACUUAUGUGCCAUUAUAUCCACCCUUGUCAUCCUUCCAACAGUUUGGCUGAGAAACCUCAGUUUACUCUCCUAUAUUUCAGCUUUUGGAGUUGUAACAUUGGCAACUGUGAUUCUAUGCUUACUAUGGCUAGGGGUAGUUGAUGGAAUUGAAUAUCAACCGAGUGGAACUGCAUUAGAAGUUGGAAACUUGCCUGUAGCAGUUGGACUUAUUGGUUUUUGCUAUGGUAGCCAUUCUGUUCUUCCAAAUAUCUACACUUCCAUGAAAGAUCCUUCUAGAUUUCCAUCUGCUAUGCUUAUCAGCUUUUCUAUAGGUUUCGUUUUGUACACUGCAGUAGGAGUAUUUGGAUACUUGAUGUUUGGGGACAACAUUAAAUCUCAAUUCACUUUAAACAUGCCACCUCAUUAUCUUACCUCCAAGAUUGCAGCAUGGACAGUGGUUGUUACCCCUGUUACAAAAUUUGCAUUAACGCUUACACCAAUAGCAUUUGGUAUUGAAGAACUUUUGCCUCCAUCUCAACAAAGUUCUUAUGCUGUCUCCAUAAUCAUCAGAACAGCUUUGAUGUUCUUCACCCUACUUGUAGCUUUAACAGUUCCAUAUUUUGGAGUUGUAAUGGCCUUGACCGGAUCAGUACUCAUGAUGCUUGUAUCUGUAAUCUUUCCGUGUGCUUGCUACUUGCGUUUACUCCGUGGUCAAACCACAACAUUUGAGAUUACAGUAUGUUCUUUAAUGAUUCUUGCUGGAUUGAUAAGUGCUAUUGUAGGCACAUAUUCAUCACUUUCAAGUAUUCCUGGUUAG